AUGAGAACUCCGCUGCUGCCUGAGGCGCCGGUGGUGCUGUUGCUCUUGAUCCUCGGCUCAGGCCAUCAUGCUGUUGGAUUGGAUCUCAAUGACACUGACUCUGGGAAAGGGGAACCAUUGUCCAAGAACCACAGUACUAGUGGACCUGAGGUUGCUUCAAGAAAUGAGACUACCCCAGGAAUUGAGAUUUCCCCUGUGACUGAAACGCCUUCUAGUACUGAAGUGUCCUCAGGAACUGACUAUGACUAUUUAGAAUUUGAUGCUGAACUACAAAUAUCUGGCUACAUCGUGGAUGAUUCAGUCAGAGUUGAACAGGUAAUUAAGCCCAAGAAAAAUAAAACAGAAAGUGAAAAGACUUCAGAUAAACCCAAAAGAAAGAAAAAGGGAGGGAAAAGUGGAAAAAAUAGAAGAAACAAAAAGAAGAAAAAUCCAUGUGAUGCAGAAUUUCAAAAUUUCUGCAUUCAUGGAGAAUGCAAAUAUAUAGAGAAUCUGGAGGCAGUAACAUGCAAAUGUCAUCAUGAUUAUUUUGGUGAACGGUGUGGAGAAAAAUCCAUGAAGACUCACAGCAUGGGUGACAGAGAUUUCUCAAAAGUUGCGUUAGCAGCUAUAGCUGCCUUUGUCUCUGCUACAAGCUUCACAGCUGUUGCUGUUGUUAUUACAGUCCAGCUUCGAAAAAGAUACUUCAGAGAAGAAGAAGCAGAAGAACAAAAGAAACUUCAACAAGAAAAUGGACAUGCACAUUCUAUAGCAUAACUGAAGAUAAUACAGGGUAUCAGGUCAGAGUCACUGCGAAGUCACAACCGUAAAUGAUGAAUCGGUCCUCCU